UUGUGUCCCAAUGCUUAGUGCUUAUUUAUUUUAAUUUUUGGGCACAUACAACUUGACCUUACUGUUCUCUCCCAGCCCCUCAUCCUUGCGCCUUCUCCUCUAUAUAUAUAUAUAUAUAUAGACCCAGCGCUCUUGGUAUUUAUCUCCAUCCUCUCUCUCUCUCUCUUUCCCUGUCUCUCUCUCACUCGCACACAAAACUCUCUUUCUUAGAACUCUUUGUGUGAAGGAAAAUGGGUGCACUGGACUAUUUUUCAAACUUAUGUACUGUUACCAGCACAAGGAAGAGCAAACGUAAACCAAUGCAGACAGUUGAUAUCAAGGUGAAAAUGGACUGUGAUGGUUGUGAAAGGAGAGUAAAGAAUGCUGUUUCCUCCAUGAAAGGUGUGAAAACAGUGGAUAUAAACCGAAAGCAAAGCCGGGUAACAGUCAGUGGUUUUGUUGAUCCAAACAAGGUGUUAAAGAGGGUGAAAAGCACGGGAAAGAGAGCUGAGUUUUGGCCCUAUGUCCCUUACAAUCUAGUGUAUUACCCUUACAUUAAAGAGGCCUAUGACAAGAAGGCACCGUCUGGCUACGUGAAGAAUGUGGUUCAAGCACUCCCCAGCCCAAGUGCCACUGACGAGAGGCUCACCACCCUCUUUAGUGACGACAACCCCAACGCAUGCUCCAUCAUGUAAGCACGGCCACGGAAGAAGAGUUGAGACGGACCCCCACAUGUUUGGUUUUCCGGGAAAUGAAUCGAGGCUAAGAUAAGUUAGUAACUAUGUACUUUGAGUUAGGUGUCUGAGCUUGUACGGAGGGAGUAAUGUUUAAUUGUGCUGUUGUGGUAGAUUUCCUUUUGCCAUGACCUAUUAAAUCAAGUCGAGCAGCUUUAGCUGCUUUAUACCAUAAUGGACAUUUCUUGUACGCAGCA